AUGGCGCACCUCUACCCACACCUUCGCGUACAUCAAGUGUUUGGUGCCAACACUGAUGUUGGCAAGACGAUCUUUACCACCGCGUUGUGCCUUGCAUCAUCUGCCCUCCCACUCUGCUCCAGCUCAUCUGCACCAAAAGAUGUCUUCUCGGCGUCCGCGCAAGGUCUCGGUGAACACGUGCACUACCUCAAACCUGUCUCCACCGGUGCUUUGGACGAUGCGGAUGACGCACAUGUAUCUCGCUACGCCUCUGGUGUACAUUACAAGACGCUGUAUCGAUUUAGCGAGCCUGUCUCGCCUCAUCUAGCCGUGGAGCUGGAGAGGCGUGCAAAGUUGGCAGAGCGAGAGCUUGAACAAGCGCCCAGUCCGCCCAGCGACCAAGUCUUUGUACGCGAUGUUGGCGAUUGGAUCCAUGCAGCAGCAGAAGCCGUGACGCCGGAAGAAACCAACAAGCCAGCAGCAGUGGCGUAUGUCGAGACCGCGGGGGGCGUACACUCUCCCGGACCAACUGGAUUGUCACAGUCACAUCUACUACGACCUUUGCGUCUUCCCACCGUCCUCAUCGGAUCUGCAGAGCUUGGUGGAAUCAGCACCACUCGUUCCGCAUUUGAAUCGCUCCUCGUGGCAGGCUACGACGUCGAAGCCGUCCUGCUCUUCCCGUCGCCCAGGUAUGGAAAUGUAGAGUACCUGCGAAAGUUGUUUGCUGAAGAAUACAACAUCCCAGUCUUCGGCCUGGGUGGUCCAAGAGAAGGAGGUGGCUACGGUCCUCCGCCCAUCAAGAAUGCUGACAGCGCAGCAGACAAAGCUGCCAUGAUGCACUUCUACCAAGGGCUUGUCAAUGGUCAUCCCGACCCCACCUCUUGCACCUCAGCAGCCGAACACACCGCCGGCGGUGUCUACGGCGUCGUCCGCUAUCUGCGGUCAAGACACGCCCAGCGGAUCGCUGAUCUGAGCACGAUGGCCCAACGCACUCGAGACACUUGCUGGUGGCCAUUCACCCAGCACCAGUUGACAAGGACUAACCAAGAGGUCAAUGUGAUUGAUAGUGCUUACGGUGAUUUCUUCAGUAUGCUAGACCAGCGUUCACCUGCUUCAUCGGUGGUGGACGUAAUGAAGAGCAACAGUCUGUUGCAACCCGUCUUUGAUGGAAGUGCAAGCUGGUGGACACAGUGCCUGGGACAUGCACCACACAAUUUGGUUACUGCAGCAGCUCAUGCAGCUGGUCGAUAUGGACACGUGAUGUUCCCCAACGGAUCGCAUGAGCCCGCACUACUCCUUGCCGAGCUUCUCACAGGAAAAUACGUUAGCUCGACAGAAGAGCCUUCGCUAUUGUCCAACCCGGGAUACGGCUGGGCUGACCGCGUGUUCUUCUCGGACGACGGCAGUACAGGUAUGGAAGUGGCGCUAAAAAUGGCGCUCCAAUCCUGCAUUCUACGAUACUCUACGCAACGAUCCUCUUCUCGAAAGGCGGCCGAAAAGGCUGCCCCCGGUCAACAGCCAGGAUAUCGCUCUGGGAAACCCAAACAGGAAUGGGAAGUCUUGGGUCUCAAGGGCAGUUACCACGGCGACACGAUCGGCGCCAUGGAUGCGUGCGAGCCAUCAGACUAUAGCGAAGCAGUUCACUGGUAUCGCGGCAGAGGGUUUUGGUUCGACGCUCCUACCGUCGAGAUGCACGCUGGUGGCAAGGUGGUCGUGAGCCUCACUGUGGACGAUCAAGAUCUUGCUGACAGGAUGCGCGAUCGACACUUGCCACAAACCCUUGCUGCAGGGAAGAGCGCGCAGAUCUUCCAGUACUUGUACAACAGCAUCCAAGACGUGUACGAUGUGGAAGCAAGGUUGCGCAGCAACGACCCGCUUGUGGAAUUCUACCGACGUUCGAUUCGCGAUCAAUUGGAACAACUGACCGUGCAGCAACAGAGGAAGUUCGGCGCAUUGGUGUUGGAGCCGCUGGUGAUGGGAGCAGGUGGCAUGGUUUUUGUCGAUCCGCUGUUCCAGAGGAUCUUGGUCGAUACGUGUCGUGAAAGCGAGCAUCUCUUCUCGCUCACGGACGCGCCCCUCACCCCACCAACCACCUCUUGCACGACAAACAAGAACACCACAGGAGGCGAAUGGCAAGGCAUCCCCGUGAUCUUUGACGAAGUCUUCACCGGACUGUACCGCCUCGGCGCCUGCACACCAGCAAGCGUGCUGGGUGUGACCCCAGACGUUUCGGUUCUAGCCAAGAUUCUGACGGGAGGCAUGGUGCCCAUGUCGGUCACGCUAGCGUCCAGAUCGAUCUUCCAAGCGUUCAACCAGAGCGAUAGUAAAGUCGAUGCUCUCCUGCACGGACACAGUUACACGGCGCAUCCUAUCGGAUGUGCGGUGGCGCUGGAAACGCUGAAAGCGAUCGGAAUCCUGAAGAAGAGCACGGAAUGGGAAAGCUGUCAAUCGGAUUGGCAGUCACAGUCGCAGACUGGAACUGAGCAAGGCGUGUGGUCAUUCUGGAGCAAAGCAGCUGUAGAGCGACUCGCCGAACUGCCCAACGUUGAGCAUGCCAUUGCGAUGGGCUGUGUACUCAAAGUCGCGCUCAAGGACGCAGCCGGCUCAGGAGGCUACACGAGUACAGCAUCGGUGGAGCUGGUGAAGAAGUUGAGGUAUGGAGACAACACGACGCAGGGUCAUCCCAGUGUUCCGCUCAAGCAAGCGGAAGAGCACAAGUUGCCGUAUAACAUUCAUGCGCGACCAUUGGGUAACGUGAUCUACCUCAUGUCGUCGUUAAACACGCCCGACAAGGUGUUGCGCUCUUCGGAGGAGGUGUUAUUCCAGGCGAUCAAGCAAGAGGCUGGCAUGUAG